ACCCUCAGUUUCAGCACAGAAUAAGACAACAACUAGUUGCAACAUUUCUUUCCAAGGGGAGCCAAAAAUUAAAAAUCUCUCUUUUGAGAGAGAGAGAGAGAGAGAAUGGAAAUGGAAGGAAGAAGGGGCAGUAACAAGGAAGAGAACAAGAGUAGUGUUGUUGUUAGUUAUGAAGAAACGACAAUGGAUUGGAGAGGGAGAGUCUCCAACUCUAACAAGCAUGGUGGAAUGAGAGCUGCAACAUUUAUUCUUGGGCUUCAGACAUUUGAGAUAAUGGGAAUAGCAGCAGUAGGGAAUAAUCUGAUAACAUAUGUGAUGAAAGAGAUGCACUUCUCUUUGUCAAGGUCUGCAAACAUAGUGACAAAUUUUGUUGGAACUGUCUUUAUCUUGGCCCUCUUUGGUGGAUACCUCUCAGACUCUUAUCUUGGUUGUUUUUGGACAAUGCUCAUCUUUGGUUUUGUGGAACUUUCUGGUUUCAUAUUGCUGUCAGUUCAAGCUCAUCUUCCACAACUAAAGCCACCCCAGUGCAACAUUAACGAAGAAGAGUGUGUUGAAGCAAAGGGCUUCAAGGCCUUGAUCUUUUUCGUAGCCCUAUAUUUGGUGGCACUAGGAAGUGGCUGUGUGAAACCCAAUAUGAUUGCUUAUGGAGCCAACCAAUUCAACCAAAACAACCCAAAGCAAUCCAAGAAGCUUUCCACCUACUUCAAUGUUGUUUAUUUUGCUUUCUCCAUGGGUGAACUUAUUGCCCUUACUGUUCUUGUUUGGGUCCAAACACAUUCUGGCAUGGAUGUUGGCUUUGGAGUCUCUGCAGCUGCCAUGGCCAUGGGACUCAUCAGCUUGGUUUCUGGUACUUUUUAUUACAAGAAUAAUCCCCCUCAAGGCAGCAUCUUCAUCCCCAUUGCUCAAGUUUUUGUGGCUGCCAUUUCAAAGAGAAAACAGAUUUGUCCAUCCAAUCCAGACAUGUUAAAUGGAAACAAUAAUGUCCUAAACCAUCACAUUGUCGGCAUAUCUUCUGACUCUGGCAAACUUGUUCACACUCAAAGAUUCAGGUUUUUAGACAACGCAUGCAUCAAAAUUCAAGAUGGGACCAAUACAAAGGAAAGUCCAUGGAGACUAUGCACUUUAACUCAAGUUGAGCAAGUGAGGAAACUAAUAUCAGUCAUUCCAAUCUUUGCUUGCACAAUAGUUUUCAACACAAUUUUGGCUCAACUCCAAACAUUUUCAGUCCAACAAGGGAACUCCAUGGACACCCAUCUUACAAAAUCAUUCAAGAUCCCACCAGCUUCACUUCAAUCCAUCCCUUACAUCAUCCUUAUAGUUGUUGUCCCUCUUUAUGACACAUUCUUUGUCCCAUUUGCAAGAAAAUUCACUGGUCAUGAAUCAGGGAUAACCCCUCUACAAAGGAUAGGUGGUGGGUUGUUUUUUGCCACCUUUUCAAUGGUUGCUGCUGCUAUUAUGGAGAAGAAGAGAAGGGAUGCAGCAGUAAAUUCAGAUAAAAUCUUGUCAAUCUUUUGGAUCACUCCACAAUUCUUAAUCUUUGGAUUGUCAGAAAUGCUAACAGCAGUUGGUCUCAUUGAGUUCUUUUACAAGCAAUCAUUGAAAGGGAUGCAAGCAUUCUUAACAGCAAUCACAUAUUGCUCGUAUUCAUUUGGAUUCUAUUUGAGCUCCUUGUUGGUCUCUUUAGUAAACAAGAUCACAUCAUCAGAUUCUUCAAAAACUGGUUGGCUUGGUGACAAUAAUCUCAACAAAGACAGGCUUGAUUUGUUCUAUUGGUUGUUGGCUGUCCUUAGCUUUCUCAACUUCCUCAACUAUCUCUUUUGGGCUAGAUGGUAUUCUUGUAAUCCAUCUCCAUCAUUCACACAACAAGAUGAGACACAUGAGGAGAACUACCUCAACCAUUGUAGCUUUAGUUCUUCAAAAAAUAUUGGAGAUGAAAGUAUACCUUAAUAUAUCACAUAGAAAUUAAUGUUUGCUUGAAAUUAUCUAUAGGCUUGUAUUAUAAGUAAAGAAUUAUUAAAAGAAAAUGAUAAAUUAGAUUA